UCCGCUCAGAGCCACGUCAAGUCGGUGACUACUUCUACCAAUCGCAUCUUACUGAAUUUCUAAUAAACUAAAGACUAUAAACAGUGUUUGUAACAGAAAGAGACAUAAGACUCAACGUGUGCAGUGCUAAGACUGUUGUUCCGCUGUGGCUGGUGUACACUGGUUGCUCCAGUAGCCGUUCUACUCUACAAUCAGACUUUAAAAAAUAAAUAGAAAAAAAUGAGGGACGAACGCACAAGCACACCGCGCGUGCGCAUCGCCGUCAUCGGCAGUUCCCGAGUUGGCAAGUCCGCACUCAUUGUCCGAUACCUGACGAGGAGGUACAUCGGAGAAUACCAUUCAAAUACAGAUCUUCUAUACAGACAGACAGUCCCCAUCAACGGGACACCAGUCGAAUUAGAAGUAAUAGACGUCUCCGGUUCCAAUUCCGACAAAUUCCCAGCUGAACAGAUCCAGUGGGCGGAUGCCUGUCUACUGGUGUACUCAGUAACGGAUCGCAGUAGUUUCGAGUACGCGACCGAAGUUCUCAGCGCACUGAAGAGAGCCCCCCCAAAUGGCGGGAGCCCUGCCCACGCGCCCUCGGGAGCCCCGGCGCCUAUGCCCCUCGCUUUACUCGGAAACAAAACUGACUUAGACCAUCUUAGACAGGUUCCAACAAAGGAAGGACAGAGCGUUAGCGCAGCUCACGGCGCAUCGUUCAGCGAGGCCAGUGUAGCCGACAACUCCGGCGAUCUCUACCGCUGCGUCGACCGCCUGCUCGCGGAGGUGCGCGCGCCGCAACGCACGCGCAAGUUCUCCGUCACUAAGAUGCUCGGCUCCCUUAUAGGAGGUACGACGAAUAAUUCUCAGGCUAGCCGAAGCGGGUCGAUGGUAGCGUGCCCGCGAGUGCCGGCGCCUUCGCGGCCGCCGCUCGCCGCCGCUGCGCCCUGACCGUCGGCACCAACUGACCGCGCGCGCUGAUGCCUCCGCCGCGCCGCCUGGCUCGCAUGUCUACCCGUGCCAGCACGAUUCGCUGCGUCCGCGCCGCUCGCAGCGUAUAUCUAGACCUAAUCAAUCCAUAAGGUUCAUAAACCGAUUAUAAAAUCGUGGCAAUAGGUACCUUAAGUCGGACUCUUAUACGUAUAAGGAAGUAGAAUCGACGCGCCUUGAAAGUUACAGAUGUAUGGCACUUAAACCAGACUCACUCUAGUAGCAUGGACCAAGUAUGUGUAUUAGUAGGAAGAGGUAUAAAAUCGUAUCGAUUGUUACGUGUCACCAUCACCAACGGAGCUCUGGAAAAGUUCAAGAUCAUUUAGAAAUAUAAAUGUUUCUACCAAAAAACUAAUUUCUUGUCAUGAAUCUGUACUGUACCAUCGAGUAAAACUAAUAUGCACUAAACAUGAGCAAGCAAUACCAAACUCCGUUUGGACUGUGAUAAAGUUUAGAAUAAGAUUGCUGUAGAAUGAAUUUCGGUAAUGGUGGUAGUCAAUGGUGCAGUGCUUGGCACGAGGACUAGGAUUGUAAGACAGAAAGUACUAAGAACCCUAUCUCAAUAGGACACUAUGGCUGCGCCACCAGCGGAAUGUUAUUCAAGAUUCGGUUGCCGGCUACCACAACAAAUUGGUUGCGCGAACAGAUGAGUUACCCUAUAUGCUCCAUAGAUUUUGUUGCUGAUUACAUUUUGCAUAACUGCAUACUUUUUGUUGGUGGCACAACCAUGGUGGCGUUGCCAUGGUGUCCUAUUCAGAUAGGGCUCUUAAACAAUAUCUGAUGGAAUUGGAACGUUUAGCUAUAUUAGCUUUAAAUGAAACACGUUAAGAAAACUUGAUGUAAAAAUUUUACCAUAAAAACUUUAAAGUUUUAAACAAAUGUAACCAAAGCGAUUCAGUCAACAGUUUCUUGUCAAAGAACAAUCUCCUAGUCAUUUAGUUAAUGUAGAUAAUAUAAUAGGAAAUAAGGACAUUGGGGCUGAUUCCGGUACACAUCAUCUAAGUUAUUUUAAGUUAUACCUGUCAUUUUCUUAUCCGCCGAAAAGGAAAGGGACGAGUAAUCGACAGGCAUAACAUUUAUGGACACACGUCAAUUUCAGGAGGAAAUUCAAAAACCCUUCCAACAGUUUCUAUUGGCCAAUAACCUGACAGAAUUAAGUUGACAGCACACGUCAAACGGAUUGCAUAUGAGCGAGACGCCUAUUUUAUUCGCCCGGUUUAUUCUUUAUUUUAAAAUUAUCAGUUGUCCAUCAUCCGUCCCUUUCCUUUUUGGCGAAUAAAAAAAUGAGGGGUAUAACUUAAAAUAAAAUUAGGAGGUGUCUGCAGGAAUCGGGGCCAUUAUAAACGUAAAAGGCUUUAAUUUGAUGUUGGAGAUAAAAUCUGAGAUUAUUGUAGGUAUGUAAAAAUGUUUGGGUGUAUCGGAUAAAGAUUUUAAUUUUAGUUAACUUUUGACAAUAAAUCUUUUAAAAUAUCAUCAUAUUAUUAUGCAUUAUUCAAAAUAUAUUAUGCUUGAUAAUAUGGAUAGGAAUAUUAUAUUAUCAUAUAUUAUAUGUGCCAAUUUUACCAAAAUAUUUCGUCAAAUUCGGAUUCGCUGAUCGUUGUUGUCUCAUUUAUAUUUAUGAUAAUUAUUAUUUCUGAAUAUAACAAAUUAGCUAAUAUCAUACACACAUACAUAUAUCCAUCUAACAAUACAGUAUGUAAUGAUUUUGAAUCUAUAAAUUUUCUACACUUCGUACAAACUUUUCUACUUUUUCACAGUAUUAUUAAACUAAGUUUCAUAUAGGAUAAGUGGGCGGUACUUACACAUAUUUGUAUUCAGUAGUGCCUAUACAUUGAAAUGUGUAGCGUAUACAUAUGUAUAAAUAAUGUGGAUGUCUUGAAAUAUAUUGUAUCAAAAUUAUCUGAACGCGAGAUUAGUACAAACUAAGUCAUUUUCUAGUCAUUUUAGGUUAAAGGAUAUGAAAGGCAAAUUAACAUAAUCCUUGUAAAAAUGUGAUUUUCAUACCAAUGUUCAUAAAUCGAUAUCCCGCCAUUACGUGAUAGUCUCUGUUUCUGUAUAGAUACAAAAUAGGCUACUUGACAAGCUUGAUACUUUUUACGAAAGGUCAAAACGAAAGUUUUCUUUGGAGCAAGUAUGGAAAUACUGUCCUGUGACGUAAUCAAUAAAAGCGGUCAAACGUCGUACUCAUUGUUACUUAAUUCAUUAAUAAAAUUCGAAAAUAAGUCGAAUUUUAAAAUGAGAUGAUCAUCUUAGACUGGCUUCUAUUUCUAGAUUAGCAUUUUAUAAUUUAUCUUUGACCCAGUCAAACACACUAUUAUAAUGACUGAAUGAAUGAAUUAUAAAUGUCAUACAGUAUUUAGUCAUUUGAAUAAAAGGAAUAGUAUUAUUACAACUUACUCGUCAGUGGUUUUAUAACAUUAGAUAUGCAAUUGUAACACGUUGGUCUAACAGAAAGCUACACUGACUACCCCAAUUGGAAUAUAGUCCUGAGCUUACGUUAGAAAUUAAAUUUAAAAUUUGAACUUGGCGGUGCGCUUCCAUGCACCCAUGAUUUGUAUGAAUUUAAUAUAUAGAAAGUAUUUCAAAACUCGUGUAUGACGUUAACAAAAUGUAUGAACUGUGUAUUGUUGGGAAUAUGGAUUUGUGUGUUUGUAUAUUGAUGGACUAUACUGAAGUCGGAACUGAUUGGUUUAAGAUGUAAAUAAUUAUAAACUCACUAGCUUUAAUGGAAAAUAAAUGUUUCCUGAUAAUUAAA